CGGAGGACUUCCAAUGGCUGCCUCUUCCCCCAUCUGGUUCCUUGCCGAAGCCGCAUUGCAACGCCCUAAUGGCGGAACUACGCAACUACUUGCACACUGCAGUACCAGCUCCGUUGAUGGAAGACGGAGUAGUGGUUGUUGACCUUCGCGAGUACAUUGCGAAGAUUGACCGCGAGUACGCCACACAACGGUACGAUAACAUCGACGCACUGUUACUCUACGUCCACAUUCAGAUCGGGAAGGCAACCUGCAGCGCCUUGAUUGAUUAUGGAGCUACUCGCAACUACAUCAGCCAAGACUUCAUAACGCGCGCAGGCCUUGGGCGGCGCGUUCGAAGGAAAUCGCAGCCCAUGCAAGUCACGUUGGUCGACGGUCGUAGGCACAAGUCCAUUGACCGGUGCGUUGACUCCGUCCCCGUGUACUUCGCCCUGCAUGCACGCGAGACCGUGUCCUUUGACAUAUUGCACACAAAGUUCGACAUGAUUUUGGGCAUGUCGUGGCUGCGCAGUGAGGACCACCUUGUGAACUUCUACUGCCGCACCUUUCACUUUCGUGACCGGAAUGGGGUACUUGUGCCAUGUACAGUCCCCCCACCUCACCCUUCGAUUGGUUGUCACGUGAUCUCCGCGGCAAGCAUUCACAACUCCAUUGCACAGAACGAUGUGGAGGAAAUGGGCAUUUGUUUCUUGCACACCCUCUCUCCUCCUCACGAGCCAGCGGCGGAACAACCACCGGAUCCACGGAUUGUACAACUUCUUGACUCCUAUGGCGACGUCUUUAAAGCCCCCGCUAGAAUUGUACCGAAUCGGCCAACUCGUCACGAGAUCAUCCUCGAAGACGGGGCCAUUCCUCCGCGCGGAUGUAUUUACCGCAUGAGCGAGGAGGAACUCCAAAUGCUUCGAACGCAACUCGAUGACCUCAUUGACAAGGGCUCGAUUCGCCCUAGCUGCUCGCCCUACGGUGCACCCGUUCUCUUCGUUCGGAAGAAGAACAAGGAGCUGCGCUUAUGCAUUGACUACCGUAAGCUUAAUGCUCCAACAAUUAAGAAUGCCGACCCGCUCCCACACAUCAACGAUCUUCUCGAACGCUUUGGCGGCGCCAAGUAUUUCUCCAAGUUGGACCUCAAGGCCGAUUACCACCAGCUCGAGAUCCAUCCAAGAAAUCGAUACAAAACCACGUUCAAGACCCAGUACGGGCACUUCGAGUGGGUUGUAAUGCCAUUCGGCCUCACGAAUGCCCCGACCACCUUCCAAGCGGCAAUGAUAACGGAGUUUCGCGACAUGUUGGACCGGUUCGUGCUCAUCUACCUCGAUGACAUCUUGGUAUAUAGCCGGACUUUGGACGAGCACAUCGUGCAUCUACGCGCUGUUUUGGACAGGCUACGUACGACCAAGUACAAGGCCAACCGAGCAACCGAGCCAAGUGCGAAUUCGCGCAGCGAGAGCUCGAGUACUUGGGCCACUUUGUGACGCCACAAGGCAUCCGUCCGCUCGCGGACAAGAUCAAGGCCAUUCAGGAUUGGCCGGAACCAACCAACACCACGAA